ACAUCGAUUCCUGUUCAUCUUCGCUCUCCUGUAUUCUUUCCCAAGCUUGUCGUAUCUCUGGGGAAGGUGCAAGGGUCUCCAACGGCAUCCGGUGCUGCAUAUCAAUUGUGACUCACUCUUCGCGGGCGCCCAGCCAUCAAUGUGUUUGGAACAUUGCAAGGCUGAUUUGAGGACUUGACACAGUGUUUCGUGCUCGCCAAUUAUCACAAAGCUCUGGCUGUACCCCACGAAUUUAUCAGCAGCCAUGUCCUCGAAUCCCCGCAGAACACCGGUGACUCGCCCGGACUCGAGGGGCUUGACCGUCAAGACCAACAUGGUCCUCAAGAAAGGUGCAACUUUCCACUCCCCCACAACUCCCCCGUCUUCCCCGGAGAGAGUGUUCAGACCGCCGCCGUUGCCCCGUCGGUCCCAGACAAGCCUGGACGAUGUUAUAGACUCCCACCGUCGUCGUGUCGCCUUAACCCUCGGCGAUAUUGAUAAGACUCUCGCUGGUCUCACCAAGGACGACUCGUCCUCCUCUGGCCGCAAGGCCUUCCGCGACGACAGCCUCCCAAUUCCACGAGGAGUGUUGAAUCACACCCUCGAUUCGGUAAUGGGCAGUGAGCAGCCGGUGGAGCGCAGGGUUCUCCGCCCUCGCACUCGCCGGUCUGCUCGCUACCACGAAUCUGACAGCGGCUUGGGCACUUCGAUCGCCUCAACCAGCGAUAAGACUGCUGCCAUCAAGAAGGAGAAAACAUUGAAGGCGUCUGCUGUCACCAGGGCCGUCGUCUCUGGGGAAGCUGCAGCAGUGAGCCUUCCAGGCCUCAGCCCCCGCGCCACUAGCCGCAUCUGCGAGCACACCCUUAAGCCGCUCCUCGGCAAGCCGGCUUUCAAGGAUUUCCACCCGCUUUUGCUUGAAUGCCCCAAGAAGAUCCAGGACAAGGAGAUUGUCUGCCUCAGGGAUCUCGAAAAGACACUGCUUCUAGUUGCUCCAGAGAGGACCAAGGCCGCGGGUCUUUAUCUCGAUUUCUGCCUUACGACAAUCCGAUGCAUCCAGGCGACUGUUGAAUAUCUCAGCGAUCGGGAACAAACCCGCCCUCGCGACAUCCCCUACAGCAGCGGCUACUUCAUCGAUCUCGUCGAUCAAAUACGCCAAUACGCUCAACAGCUCGCUGAUGCGAAGGAGAAGGGUGACCAAGACGAGAUGGAUGUUGACCCCACCGACGAGAUCAAGCUGCACGGAGGCAUCCACAUCAACGGGCGCCCCGCCGAGUUAGUUCGCGUCAAGAAGAAUGGCAAAAUGAUCUCGAUGGCAACUGGGGAGCCUGUUGAGCGAAUUGAGGAGGAAGGCGAUGGCGCCGUCAGAAUCAAGCGCUCAGCCAGCCAGGAGCUAGAAGAUGAAGAGGAGAUCAUGCGGUCGAUGGCGAGGCGGAAGAAGAAUGCCAGUCCCGAGGAGCUCGCCCCCAAGAAAUGUCGUGAGCCAGGUUGCAACAAGGAGUUCAAGCGCCCUUGCGACCUGACCAAGCACGAGAAGACACACUCGCGACCUUGGAAGUGCCCAGUUCCCACUUGCAAGUACCACGAAUACGGGUGGCCCACAGAGAAGGAAAUGGACCGACACCACAACGAUAAGCAUUCGUCGGCGCCGCCCAUGUUCGAGUGCUUGUACAAGCCAUGCCCGUACAAGUCGAAGCGCGAGUCCAACUGCAAGCAGCACAUGGAAAAGGCUCACGGCUGGACCUACGUUCGCACCAAGACAAACGGCAAGAAGUCUGGCAGCAGCGUCAACGGCAACUCCGCCCAUCCGACUCCCCAGCUCCAGAACCUGCCCACCCCCUCGAGCGAGCACAGCAUGGGGGUUGCGACUCCUCCCGACGACUGGAGCCGGGCAUACGGAAGCAGCCUCGACUUCCCGACGUACAUUCCCAACAACGGCGAAUUCAACAUGAUUCCUCAGGAAAUUUCGCUUGAUUACUCUCCUAUCGACAACCCCACUCCGUCUACAGAUUCUGGCAUGGACCAUAAUUCAGCCUACCAAGACCUUCCGACGGACUUCUCACUGUAUGAGGAUAUCUACAGUGCCAACGUCCAGCUGCCCACUCCCAUGCACGUCGACAUCUACAACAAGGAUGUCACGCAACUCCCGUUCAAUGCGGCCGAGAUGUGCCAGCCGCAACCCGCGCAACUUUCGCCCGUCGGUCAAGGGAAUGCCAUGCUCUAUACGCCCACAUCUCUUGCUGAGGUGGACGAGGGUUUUGACGACCACAACGAUUACGGAGCCAUUGCGAACGCCGCCACUGGUGGUGAUUUCAUUCUAUUCCCCAACGCCGCUGGGAUUUCGAAGCCACUGUUCAACGAAUCUCUUUUCGCCACAGCCGAGAUUCCCAGCCUGACUGCUGGCUAUGCCCAGCCCUGUUCCCAAGACCUGCUGAAUGCUUUGAGCGUGGAUUGGUCGGCGCACGACCUAAGCGCUUUCCUCCCGCAUUAGAUGCGAGGACCUUUCCAUCACCAGACGUUUACGAUGGUUUGGGCUGGCAACAACCAAGACUCGGCUGAUGGGUUGCCAGUGGCACGCGGGCUUUAGCCUCGGUUGUUGCAAGCAGGACAUGAAUUUUGCUAUGAUUUAAUGAAGCGGGCAUUAGCGAUUCCGGAGAGAUUGGCUCCUUGGAGGCUCCUGAGCAGGAUCGAGGCCGCGCCAUCUCCCUUCUGUGUCUUGAUAGUUGAUAUUUGCUCUUUUCAAAGUUCCCUUGUUCCAUGUUCAAUAUCGCUUUUGACGAUGGCGGCUCACGGAUAAGUGAAUGGCACAGUGGAAGCUGUCUGCAGAUAAUUGGGUUGAAAGUCAAUUAGCCCUUGGAAUGCUAGGUAGAUGUCCUCUCAAUACUUAGAAUAGCAAUCGAAGGUGUCGGAGAACAAUCCAAUGUAUUGUUGACGUCUUGUGAUUUUGGUUUCUAGACUUGAGCUCGAGAUGGAAUGUUGGCGGCGC